AGCGUUGAAUGGGGCGCAGCAAGGCGAGGCUGGGCUUUGUGCGGCCAGCCUCCGGGCACCCCUCCCGGCCCCGGCCUCUCCCCGCCCCGCCCACCUCGACCCCUGCUGCCGGGGAGCGGAGACCCGGCGGCCGCUGCGGACUCGGGCGAGAUCGACGCAAGGGCUCCCUGGAGCAUCCAGAAGUUGACUCCAUCAUGGCGGAGCUCAAGGUGGAGACCCAGGCCAGCGUGGACUGGCAGAAGCGCUGCCUGGCCCUGGAAACCCAGCUCUUCCGGUUCCGCCUACAGGCCAGCAAGAUAAGGGAGCUGCUGGCUGACAAGGAACACUGCACCUGCAUCUCCCUUUCUUCUGUGGUUGAGCAGAUGCAAGAGCUGGAGCAGAGGCUGCUGGAGGCAGAGCAAAGAGCAGAGAACGCGGAGACCCAGGUGGGUGUGAUGGAAGAGAAGGUGAAACUGUCCAGUCUGAAGAAUGUGGACUCGGCGGGCAGCCUGCACCGGAAGUACCAAGAAUUGCUGAAAGCCAUGCGGGGCAAAGAUGAGCUCAUCGGCCAGCUGGGGGAACAGCUGCAGAAGCAGAAGCAGAUGAGAGCUGAGGAAGCAAAAAUUGUUCAAGAAAAAGCUGCAAAGAUCAAGGAAUGGGUGACGCUCAAGUUAGCAGAGCUUGAGAUGGAGAAUCAGCACCUGAAAAGCUAUAAUCAGCGCCUGGUAGAGCAGGUGGGAGCCCUUCAAGAUGCGCUAGGAGCUCUUCAGAUUUCACCUUCGGCGAAGCUGCUGGUGGCCCCCCAGGGAACCCUAGAGCAGGAUUCUGUCCCUUCAGGGCCAGGAACCCAGCUGAUGGGGCAGGACAGUGGUCCUCAGGCCCAGGGUGCCCUGAAGGCAGCUAUUCCUACACCUUCUCCAGGUAUUCUGCAAAGCAAGGACUCUGUUCCUAAAGCAGGAAGCCUCUUGGAAGAUUCUAGUGCCAGCGUGGUCCAUCCUGGGGAAAUAUCAAAGGCCAAGACCCUUCCACCUCGUCUGGGAAGAGAGGGCUCUCCUGGCCAGCUAUGCGUGAAGGCUCACACCCCCAGACAUGGUUUGGCUUCCUGGGGUGAGGGCCUGGUCACUGCUCAGGGAGGGACGCUCCCUGGGACAAAGACCUCUGCUAGGGAAGGUGGCCCUGGCAGCAGCCUGACCCUACCCAAGGUGCGGGCUCCAGGCACCCCCCGGGACAGCAUCCAGCUGGCCAAGCGGCACCACAGCCAGCCGCAGGUGGGCCCCGGGCGCUUCAACCACGUGGUGAGCAUUGAGAUCGGGACCCUCUCAGCCCUCCACCCCUCCAGCCUUCCCGGGGUGGAGGCCCAAGCCGAGCUCCAGGAGGACCCAGAGAAGAUGGAGAUGGAGGACCAACCCCCAGCGGGGAAGAUGGAGGAAGGAGAGAGCCCAAAGGCCCCCAGAGCUGAGCUGGAGGAAGUGGAUUUGGGGAACAAACCGCCCACACCCCCCCUGCACCGGUUUCCAUCCUGGGAGAGCCGGAUCUACGCAGUGGCCACGUCAGGCAUGAGGCUCUCGGACGCGUCUCCCAGAAAUAAUGCCACCUGCUGCACUUCAAGCCCUCCUGCCCUUGCGUCCCCUGGGCCUUUCUCUGGCCUCGUCUACAAGAACAUCACCGUGCCUGUGUACACAGCCCUGAAGGGGAGAGCCAUACAGAUCAGCACUGUGCCCUUCGUGGAUGAAUCCUCUGAGUCUGAUGAUGACUGCAGCUCUCAGGCGAGUUUCCGAACUUCAGUCCCCUGCACUGAGUCCAGGAAAACCAGCGGACUGGGCAGCCCCCGGGCCAUCAAGAGAGGUGUCUCCGUGUCCUCCCUGAGCUCUGAGGGCGACUACGCCAUCCCCCCGGAUGCCUGCUCCCUGGACAGUGACUACUCAGAGCCUGAGCACAAACUACAGCGUACUUCGUCCUACUCCACUGAUGGGCUGGGGCUGGGCGGGGAGUCACUGGAGAAGUCGGGCUACCUGCUGAAAAUGGGGAGCCGGGUGAAGACGUGGAAGAGGCGCUGGUUUGUCCUGAGACAGGGGCAGAUUAUGUACUACAAGUCCCCGAGUGAUGUCAUCCGGAAGCCUCAAGGUCAAGUGGAACUGAACUCCGGUUGCCAGAUUGUUCGAGGGGACGGUGCCCAGACAUUCCAGCUCAUCUCUAAGAAGAAAACCUAUUACCUGACGGCUGAUUCACCGAGCCUGCUGGAGGAGUGGAUUCGAGUACUACAGAGCCUGCUAAAGGUCCAGGCCAUUGGGCCUCCAGCCCUGCCUCAGGGUGGCACCAAGCCCACCGUGAAGGGCUGGCUGACCAAGGUAAAGCAUGGCCACUCCAAGCUGGUCUGGUGUGCUCUUGUUGGGAGAACCUUCUACUACUAUCGGAGCCAUGAGGACAAGCGACCCCUGGGCCGUCUGCCUGUGCGGGACUCGCGCAUAGAGGAAGUAGAUCGAUCCUGUGACUCAGACGAGGACUAUGAGGCUGGAGGAACUGGGCGGUUGCUUUCCUCCCACUGUACCCUGGUGAUCCACCCCCCGGAGCACAGCCCCACCUACCUCCUCAUUGGCACCAAGCAUGAAAAGGAUACGUGGCUUUACCACCUCACGGUGGCUGCCGGUGGCAGCAGUGCCAAGGUGGGCACUGCCUAUGAGCAGCUCAUUGGAAAACUGAUGGAUGGUGAGGGAAACCCAGACUCCCCCCUCUGGAGGCACCCCAUGCUGUGCUACAGCAAAGACGGGCUGUACACCUCCCUCACCACCCUGCCCUCCGAGGCCCUGCAGACGGAGGCCCUCAAGCUCUUCAAGUCGUGCCAACUCUUCAUCAAUGUGCCUGUGGAAGCCGCCUCGGUGGACUACCACGUGUCCCUGGCCCAGACAGCGCUGCAGGUCUGCCUCGUUCACCCCGAGCUGCAGAGUGAGAUCUACUGCCAACUCAUGAAGCAGACCAGCUGCCGCCCGCCUCAGAAGUACUCCCUCAUGCAGUGCUGGCAGCUCCUGGCUCUAUGCGCCCCACUUUUCCUGCCUCAGCACCACUUCCUCUGGUACGUUAAACAGCAGCUCCAGCGCCAUGCAGAUCCCAGAAAUGAAACCGGCCAGUAUGCCACCUACUGCCAGCGGGCAGUGGAGCGGACCCUGCAGACUGGGGAGCGGGAAGCCAGGCCAUCACGCAUGGAAGUCGUGUCCAUCUUGCUGCGUAACCCCUUCCACCACUCCUUGCCCUUCAGUAUCCCCGUGCACUUCACCAAUGGGACUUACCAGGUGGUUGGUUUUGACGGCUCCUCCACAGUUGAUGAGUUCCUCCAGCGGCUGAACCAGGAGACAGGGAUGAGAAAGUCAUCCCAUUCUGGCUUUGCCCUCUUCACGGACGAUCCUUCUGGCAGGGACCUGGAACACUGCCUGCAGGGGAGCGUCAAGAUCUGCGAUGCCAUCUCCAAGUGGGAACAAACCCUGAAGGAGCUGCACUCUGGAAAGUCUGAGGGUGGCACACGUGUUGUGAAGCUGAUGUACAAAAACAGGCUGUACUUUCGGAGUCAAGUCAAAGGGGAGACAGAAAGAGAGCGGCUGCUGCUCGCCUCCCAAACUAGUGGAGAGAUAGUGGCGGGGAGGUUUCCUGUCAACAAGGAACUGGCUCUUGAGAUGGCUGCCCUAAUGGCCCAGGUAGAGUACGGGGACUUGGAGAGGUCCAUCCCACCAGGCCCUGGGGGCACACCCCCUGCCAAGGCUCAGCAUCACCUCCAGCAAGUCCUAGACAGGUUCUACCCAAGGCGCUACAGACACGAGGCACCCCCUGAACAGCUGAGGCACUUGGCAGAUCUGCUGACCACAAAGUGGGUGGCUCUGCAAGGCUGCUCCCCUCCUGAGUGCAUCCGCAUCUACCUGACAGUGGCCCGGAAAUGGCCUUUCUUUGGUGCUAAGCUCUUUGCUGCUCAGCCUGCACAGCUCUCUUCCAAGGAGAAUGCUCUGGUGUGGAUUGCUGUGAAUGAGGAUGGUGUCAGCAUCCUGGAGCACAACACUAUGCAAGUGCACGUCACUUAUCCCUACGCUUCAGUGAUGACCUUUGGUGGCUGCCGAGAUGACUUCAUGCUUGUGAUUAGAUCCAUUCCAGACCAGAGCUCUGGAAAAGGCCACACUGAGAAGUUGAUCUUCCGGAUGGCUGCUCCCAAGAUUGCAGAGGCUACCUUCAUCAUGGCCAGCUACAUGAACCAUUGCUCUGCAACUGUGAACCCCCCGACCAACGCGCCUGCUGCCCGCCAGCCAUGGGAACUGGAUGGACGACAGUUCUUUGCAUCUGUUCCACGAGCUGCCAAGAGGCCAACGUUGCUGUGAAUAUUUCUCCUACCCCUCCCCCCUACCACCUGUGCCUUCUGUGUCCUGGGGAAUGAUACUACUGUGAUGGGUCUAACAGCCCUCUCCCCAACCCCGCCCCAGUUUGUUCUGUGAAAUGUCUUUUUCAGUGUCCAUGAAGCCUUUACUCUCUAGGUGCCUUAUAGUGUUUCAGGACCCAACUUUUAAAAAUCCAGACCCAGUAUAAAAACCACUCUCUUUUUCACAAGAAUACUGAGCUCUGGAUGCUGCCUGAUUCCAGACACAAACACCAUGGUCCUGUUACUGGUUCCUGAGGGUGUCAGUGCUAUAAGUCAGGGCAUUCUGCACUGAUCCUCUCAGGAAGGCUGUUUUUUAUAUUGUAUAUGGUCCUUAAGUGGGGAUUUAUACUUGAAGUUUUCCCAACAUCCCUGAACAGGAUAGGACUAAAAUUUCCAAUUCACCUGAACUCUGACAAAAGCCUAGAACUCACUAAAACUGCACUUCCUUUCCCAGAUGGGAAAGGUGUUGGCGGGGCUUGAGAAAAAAGAAUAGACUCACUUUUCCCCUUCCCCUACUGUAAACAAGUAGGUGUCUGUAGUUUGUAGUGCCUUCUCUGGGGCAGCAGCUCCUAUUAUUGCAGGACAAGCUGCUGUCCCUGCCGAGACUGAAGCUACUCUCCCUCACACUUUGCUACAAGCAAGGGCAGGAGACAGGUCCAUCCUGACCUCUCCCUGUCUCAUUUAAUGACUGGACAGGGCUCAGUGAAGGCUGUGCUCACUACUGUAGGACGAGGUGGCUGUCACUUUUUCCCCACUCUUUGAAAGACCAAGCAAAUGUGCUCUGCUUUUGCUGCUCUGUGAGGCCACCAAAGAUGAGUCAGAAACAGAGGACCCCCUCCAGGCUCGUGGGCCUAGCUCUGCUCUUCAAGACUUCUGGCGAACUUCCGCUGGGAAUCAGUUCGAGGGCAGAGGGCACUUAUGCGCUAUCUGUCCUAGCCUAAGAGCAUCAGGCAAAGGAAACGGAAAGUUUCCUUCACCUUUUGUCUUCCUGAUGAUACCACUACCCCCCAUCCCCAACUGAGACCUUCUGUUAAGUCAGAGGAGAUGAUCUUUGUCUCUACCUUCCCCUAACAGAGAAAAAAAAGACGAAAGAGUUCAUUCAUACUCUGAUCUUCCAACACUGGAGAAACUGAGUUUUAUUUCAUAGCUCUAAGGCAGUCUUACCAUUUGUCAAUAAAGUGCUGAAAACUGUA